AUAUUAGUAAUGUAAAAUAGAAUACAAAGAGAGGAGUGGAGGAAAGUACCCUUCUGCAAUUGUUGUUUUAUGGUUCUAUAAGAGUUUCAGGCAAUGUUGUGAGAGGUGAGGAGGGCUAUUACCUUGGCGGACUUCCGUUCCUCCUUGAAGCUGUAUCAUCUGGUAAAUUGUUCUCAAUGACUCUAGCUGCUCAAGCCAUUGGGUUGCUUGGGGUUGCUAGAAGAGUUCGGCAUAUGCUUGUAGACUUGGGGGCUAUUCCGGCACUCAUUCAAUUACUACGUGGCAUCAUUGCUGGUAAUGUUCUUGGUAUUAUCUCAUCUCACUUUGACUAUCUUAGGCCAGUAGUUCAAGCUGGUGCAAUACCUAUGUAUGUGGAGCUGCCUAGAGAACCUGAACCCCUUGGGAAAGAAAUUGCAGUGGAUGUCUUUUGUGUACUGGCCGUGGCAGAGGAGAACGCUGUGUUGAUUGUGGAAGAGCUGGUGAGGAUUCUCCAGGGCAAUGAAGAAGCAGCAAAAUCUGCAGCUGUAGAUGUCUUGUGGGAUCUUUCAGGGUACAAACAUUCCAUUUCAAUUGUGCGAGAAUCGGGUGCUAUUCCACUUCUAACUGAGCUUUUGCGAAAUGGGAAUGGUGACCUUAGGGAGAAAGCUGCAGGAACCAUUGCACAAUUAAGUAAUGAAGGAGUGAACAGGGAAGCUAUGGUGGAAGCUGGUGCUAUACCAGUCCUGAUUGAUCUGUUGAGAGGUGAUUCAGAAGAGGAACUGAGGGAAUAUGCUAGGCAAGUUCUGAAAUUUGCAGAAGACCUGCUUUACCAUGAGAGAGUUUCUGAAGCUUUUGAUACCCCUUCAUUCCUGGCCGUACAAGAGAGGUUAAGCAGAAUCCGGGCUUCUGAUGAGCACAUGGUCAGGUCUAUGAGACUGAUAAGUGCUGAACAAUGCACAUCGGACCCAGAACUAAUGUGACUCUUUUGAUGGUAUUCUAUCAGAUGUUAUUGUGCUGUUACAGGUUCUUCGUCGUUGUUUGUUUUUCAUCUUGUAACUUUUUUUGUUUGAUUUCAUCUCUUUUAAUGAAGAAGAUUUUGACGA